GAGCCCGGCGUGCCCUGAGGGACGCGCUGGGCGCGGAGGGCCUCGCCCUGCAGGAGGCCGCCGUGCGCGGGCGGGCGGGGGGCCGGGGGGAGGUGCCGUCCGUCCCGCUCGCCCCGCGGGGGAUCCCGGCAGAGCGCUCCGGCGGGUCGCAGGCGCGCGGCGUAGCUGGAGACGUGGGCGAUCGUCGGGCAGCCUCGGCGUGGGCACGGGUGUCCACUCCGUAUUGUCUGCAGAUUGUCACUGGCACUGGGACCCAUGAUCAAGGCACCGUGGACGUGAGCGUGGAUGUGGGCAGUGGGCUUGUGCAAGAGGCCUCUGGGUCCUUUGACCGAGGUGAAACAGUGCUCUCAAAGUGUUUUUCCAGCGCGAUCCUGGCGCUACAGAUGCACAAUCCAACAUCAAAUGGCUGGGCAGGCAGCAUGCUGUAUUCCACAGAUGGUGGCAACACCUACGUAUCUGUUGCAUGCGCAGAUUGUGUGGGGACUACAGAUUCAAGAUCCAUGGUUUUCGAUGGAAACGCCGACGGAGACAAUAUGGCUUCGACUCAGUGCCUCAAUGGCAAUGUGUGCAGCUUCAUUAUGCUGACUCUGACUCUGGCUCCAACACCGUGGUCCUGCACCUCGAUGUCUGCAAGCCAUUUCUCUUAUCAGUAUCAGUCCUAUCAAAUCAGCGACGACAUUGUCGGAUUGACAUCAAAUGCACAGAGCGCUUAUGGACGGGUUGCGGUUUCGUUCGCGGUGUCGGAGGGAUUCACCAUUCAGUUCGACAUGUUCCAGGGUGGUGGAUCGGGUGCCGACGGGUGCUGUAUGAAGUACGGUGGUUAUGACGACAAUACCUGGGAGGAUGUCUCUGCGGUGGGCCUGUCCGUCUGUUUUGACUCCCACGGGUCGGAUCGCGGCGUGAGGAUUGGGUGGAACGGAGAUAUCCUGUUUUCAGAUGGACAGGCCCCCAGCUUCGAAGAUUCCGACUGGCACAGCGUCAUUGUAGAGGUCACGCCGAUCGGCAGUGGUGCGAGUGUCGCAUUGAAUUUUGACAGCAACUCCUAUUACAAAACAGCUUGGAUCAGUAGCUACUCGCCUCCCAUUGGUAGUGGCCAGCUGACCUUCACCGCAAGAAACGGUUUGAUGACGAAUUUCCACGAGAUCAAGGAUGUCCAAGCGUGCAAUCAGGGUACUACGGGCACUACGUUUUGGACGUUAUUGGCUCGGCAAACGUAUCCGACUUUGUUCACAGAGGGCGAGUGGUCGAAAAACGCGGGAUAUCCUGAAAAUGACAAUUAUGCAAUUUUGGAUCAAAUUGAAAAUUAUCGCAGCGGCGACGGAGUGUUCACGUUCAAAUUGAGUUGGCCAGGUUCGGAAUUGCAGGACCAAAUAUGGAAUCAAUCGCUCAACCCAUAUACUUCACCAGGGCAGCAAUUAACCAGACCAGUUGCGGGCUAUGAGGAUGUGGCUGUCCACUACACUGACGCGUAUUGGGGGGGCCUGGAAAGCGUUUCUACAUACGCGCUCUUGGACGGGAGCGUGGCCGACUGGUCUUGGUGGUACGCAGUUGGCUCUUUCCAAGAACAUGAUGGUGGCAUGCCCGGCCCCAACGGAAUCGUCGUGAAUAAAGUCGAGCUCUACGUGGCAACGACCGCGUAUUCUUUGCUUAUUCCUCAACGCGGAUGUGCCGAUGGUAGUGGCACCAGGCAGAGUGGAUGGCUUACCGUCGGCAAACCCUACACUCCUGCAGCGUGCGCGAUUGAGUGCGCGACGUAUAAUUUCUUCACCAUUGCAGGGGAUGACGCCGAUUGCAAGUGCUCGGACGCCUGUGUAGACGAAAACGGUGGACACACAUCAUAUGUUUUUGUUCAGGAAUCGAGUACCACCCUGUCGGCCCUCACGACGUCGAGCUCCAGCACAUCGAGUACGACCGUGACGUCGACCACCAUGACGGCGUCCAGCACCACCGGGACAUCGGCCACCGUGACGUCGAGUUCCAGCAGUACGACCGUGACGUCGACCACCAUGACGUCGUCCAGCACCACCGGGACAUCGGCCACCGUGACGUCGAGUUCCAGCAGUACGACUGUGACGUCGGCCACCAUGACCAUGACGUCGUCCAGCACCACCAGGACAUCGGUCACCGUGACGUCGAGUUCCAGCAGUACGACUGUGACGUCGGCCACCAUGACGUCGUCCAGUACCGUGACGACUGUUUUGUAUGAUGUAUUGACGCACGGCCAAUGUGACAGGUGGAUAAUGUACAUCGAUGGUUGCACGUUGGCCGCAUACGAGCUUAACCUCAGCACCGUUCCCGCAAUCGAUGAUGAACAGAGUGGAGGGUGGAGUGAUCCGCCCUUCUGUUAUUUGGAGAACUCAAAACUCAAGUUCAACUCCGAUGGAAGCAACAAGGGUUCGUGCAGCCAGGGUGACCAGUGUAUUUGCGCCUCGGUGUCUCCGACCUACACUGCGACUUCGGAGACGACCACUACGCGCACGGGCUAUUGGCCUCCCACGCUAUCGCCGACAUUCGCCCCGACGCCAGCUCCCACAGAGCAGUGCUUCGAUCUCAAUGUGACCGAGAACGUUACAGAGUGGCCAGGGUGGCAUGAGUGGUACGAUACCGGAGGGCCCACGUACAACUGUGACUGGUAUGGGACGAUGAAUUGUCCGAGUGACUCGCCAGCGUUCAGAAACUUCGGGCAUAUCGCGCAGGAAGCAUGCUGCGCAUGCGGCGGUGGUCAAGACGAACUCAGCCAGAAGGUGUCUGUGGGCAUCACCGUGCAGGGGGUGGACUUCGUGCUCUUAUCGCAGAACGAAGAAGUCCAAGAGGCCUUCAAGGGUACUAUUCAGAUUACACUAGCCAGCGCUGCGGGCGUGAAUCCUGACAAUGUUGACGUGGAGCUUUACGCAGGCUCAGUUUUCGUUGUUGCAACUAUCCGGCUGCCGACCUUCAUCAGGCCCCAGACCUUGUCGCAGCAGUUGGGGGAUAAUUCUCGGACCAUGGCCGACAAUGUUGCCGACGAGGUGCAGUCUAUCCCGAACAUGGACAGCGUCAUCAAUGGAGAAAUUUCCGCCGUGGUCGACCAAGUCGUGGUGCUAACGAACUACAACUUCAUCGUGGUCACCGAUGGAUCCUGCCAAGAGCCCAUAACGAACGACACCCUCUGCGAGGCUGCCGCGGUGCAGCUGGGGUUGCAGCUGCCCGACACGACGCCGCUGGACGACGGUCAGAGCGGCUCUCGGACCGACCCCCCGGGCUGCUACUUGGAGGACGGGACCCUGAAGAUCAAUUCGGGUGGGGGCAACACCGGCAGCUGCGACGCGACCGACCAGUGCCUUUGCUUCCUGACGCCCACGCCCGCGCCGACGUCAAGCUCCUGCCCGAGCUCGUGCUUCGGCCUGAGCUGCGACGAGAUCACCACGUCGAUGGGCGACUCAGCCCUCUGGGGGUGCCUGGCGCUGGAGAGCACUUACUUCUGCGACUGCGCCGGCUGCAGCUGCGAGGAGUACUGCUCCGCCCACUCCUCAUGCUCCGACGGCUCAUUUUGCAAAAGUGAUGGAACGUGUGCCGCCUGCAGUCAGUGUGAGCACUGCUACAACGGCAUCGACAGCACCUGUGGCCUGUGCGGCAACACCACGAGGAACGAGAGCUGCCAGGCGGACUGCCAGGAUACGGCGGGGCGUGCUACGUUCAACGCAGGCGAAGGCAUCGGCGAGGCAGGAUGUGGCAUCUACAGCGACCUUCCAGAGUACUGCCUGCUGUCCGCGGCCGCGUACGACGACGAGGAUUUCACAGCCAGUCUGCAGUGCUGCUCCUGCGGCGGGGGCAGCAACCCGCGGGCGGACGCUGUCUGGCAUGCCUUGGGCCCAGGCACCUGCCGGAACCACGAUGCCGACUGGCAGCAGUCGGACGAGCUCGGCCCCGGCUGGGGCCUGCAGCGAGGCUUCGGCUGGCGCAUGUGCGACGGUCGGACCGACGAGGCGUGCCAGCAGGUUUGCGCGCAGACCCCCGGUUGCAGCAUGAUCUCAAACGGCUUCUGUUGCUUCCUCUUCAAAGGCUCUACGUGUGACCUUGAUGCCAGCCAGAGCGGCCAGUCUUUCUCGACGGGUGCAGCUGGCAGCGAGCUGUGCGUGGAUGGCUGCAAUGGUAAGACGACCUGCAGGUGCGGCGCUUCCAUGGAGUUGUGCACCAUGCAUGGGCUCAUGUGGUGCAGCGACGGCUCCGACGCCGUUGAUUGCGGGCUCCCGGUGACCGGCACCUGCAGCGCAUGCGAGGGGGGGUGCUCGGUCGGCGGCAGCUGCAACUGCUCGAUGGGCCCCGCUGCCUGCGAGGCUGCUGGCGGCGUCAUGUGCGAUGGCCCUGUCGACUGCAGCGUGUGUCCACGCCAGGGCAUCGACCCCGCCGCCGUCGCGCGCGAGGCCGGUGCGGCGGCGGCCGCGCUCACGUGCGGGGGCCUCCGGCAGGCUGCGGGCGAAUUCGCGCUGCCGCUGGCCUGCGCCCAGGUCCGCACGCUCUACGCGGGCGCGUGCUGCACGCCACACACCAUGGCGCUGAGCAUCCGGGUGGACAGCGGGGGCCUCACGGCCAUGGUCUCCAACGGCAGCGCCAAGUCGACGUUCGAGGACCAGGUCGAGGCCACCCUCCUCUCAGGCCGCGAGGGCCUGCGGGCUGCCGCUGGCAGCGGCGUGUGGGUGGACAGCUACGCCUACUGCAGGGAGCUUGGGCUCGUCACGGUCCUGCUUGCGGCCACAGAGGUGGACGACCUCCAGGGGGAGGAGGCACGCCUGCAGGGCUCCCUGGAUACUGUCACCAACGCCAUUGCCACGGAGGCCAGUGCCAUCCUGGAGUCCGGCAAAGUUCGUGGGGUGACGCUCGCACAGACCGACGCCCACUUCGACAUGGAGGUCCAGUGCGCACGCUUCACGAGCAUCCUCUCGAGCUGUAACGCCAUUCAGGCAUCGGUUAUAGUCGCGCUGUGCCACAGAGAGAAG